AUGACGCGCUCUUCCGUGGCCGACCACAGCAAGCCGACGGCGUUCGACGAGCUCACCAAGAAGCUGCCCGUGAAGCCGUUUCCGGGCCUCUUGAAGCUCAGGCCUCUCGGCAUCACGUCUGGCGGGCCCAACCAGCUGUGGAUCCAGCACCCCACGGACACCACGACGCUCAUCGUGGACCUCACGAAGCCCGGCGGGUCCUUCACGACCUCCAAGGACCAGACCAUCCUGACGCAGCGCUACACCAAUGUCUACGGCAUCCUCGGCUCUCUCCCGCUCACCGGCGGGUGCGCCCUGGCGGUGGUCACGGAGGCCGAGGAGGUCGCCGCGGUCGGCAAGCACAUCGUGAUGAAGGUCACGGAGGUCGAGAUCCUCGUGCAGCGCAACGGCCUCCUGGGCGACGACGCUGCGUUCCUCAAGCUGUUCGAGCAGGCUACGGACCCGAAGCGCGAGGGCCGGAACCUCUACUUCAGCUGGACGUACGACCUCACCGCGAGCGUGCAGGUGCAGGUCGGGCGCGCCCUGAAGCGCACCUCGGCCAACACCACCGCCGCUGCGCCGCAGAACCUCUGGGAGCACGCAGACCCGCAGUACUGCUGGAACAAGGCCAUGAACAAGGACAUCGCGGCCUGCAUCCCGGAGUUCGCGCUGCCGGUCAUCCAGGGCUUCGUCGGGCAGACGCGCCAGGCUGUUGACACGGGUCCGACACUGGCGCAGGCAACCGUCACGCUCAUCGCGAGGAGGUCGACGAACCGCGUGGGCACGCGGCACUGGCGGCGCGGGGCGGACUCGAGCGGCCACGUCGCGAACUUCGUCGAGUCGGAGCAGAUCCUCGAGAUUGACGGCAACGUGCGCUGCGUGCACUGCGUGGUGCAGAUCCGCGGCUCGAUCCCGCUGCUGUGGUCGCACGUCCCGAACAUCAAGUACAAGCCGAAGCUGGAGAUCGGCGACGAGGACGACUGCAGCGAGGCGACGGAGAAGCACUUCCAGAUGCUGGUGAACAAGUACAAGGGGGUGGUGGCCAUCAACCUGACGGGGUCCAAGCCCGGGUCCUCCGAGGGCAAGCUCACGAAGGGCUUCCGCCAGGCGAUGGAGCUGCUGCCGGAGGACGUCGCGAGCGGCGUGCACCUCAUCGAGUUCGAUUUCCACAAGCAGUGCGGCGCGAAGAACUACCACGUGCUGCAGAACCUGUGGAACGAGCAGCUCAAGGAGCUGUACGACGCGACCGGCGCGCUGUACUACGACGCGGGCGUCGGCGCGGAGUCUCUGGCGACGCAGGUGGGGGUGUUCCGCACAAACUGCGUCGACUGCCUCGACCGCACCAACGUCGUGCAGUCGAUGAUCGCCGAGAAGGCGAUCGAGGACAUCCUGCAGCGCAUGCGGCUGCUGCGCGUCCAAGCGAACCUCCCCGAGCUCAUGCCGGACCUGCACAUCAACGCGAUGUACGGCUGCUACAACGUCGUGCACCACGCGCACAACGCCGAGGCGCGCCUCGAAGACGAGCACCCGAAGCUCUACCGCAAGCUGCGCUGCCUCUGGGCCGACCACGGGGACGCGAUCUCGACGCAGUACGCGGGGACGGGCGCGCUGAAGUCCGGGUUCGUGCGGACGGGGAAGCGGACGCUGAUGGGCUUUGCGGACGACGGGUACAAGUCGCUGAAACGGUACUACCUGAACAACUUCGCGGACGGAACGAAGCAGGAUGCGCUCGACCUCUUCUCCGGCAGGUUCCGCCUGGUCAACGGCAGGCGCUUCCCGGACAAGCAGAAGGGCUCGCCGACGCCGCUGCUCCUCGUGGCGGGCGCCGCGGUCGCGUAUGCAGUCGCUCGCGCGUGCCUUGCGGCGCGCUUGCCGGUCGACAGCCUCAGGCUGCCGUCGGUCGAGGACCUCGUGUUCGUCGCCAAGCACGUCCUCGUGCCGCUCGGCGUCGCGUUCGCGACCCUCAAGGUCGUAGCCAAGCGCGGAAAGAAGCUCGUCGACCGCCCGUGCCUGUGCCCGGAGGACGUGCAGCCCUGGGUCGACGAGGCUCCCGCCGAGGCCAAGAAGAGCAAGUGA